UGUCAAUGCUUCCCGAAUUGACAAUUUAAAAUAUACGCUUGAGAAUGAGCAUGUGUUAACAUCCACUUUAUAUGGAUAAAAUUAAGACAGUUUUUUUAACUUACUUCAAUAUGAACACAAUUUGUUUUUCUUACUCCAGUAUCAACCACUUGAUAUUCAAUAUACCUUUUUAUAGGGUGUCCAAUUUCUGAUUGAUUUGAUAAAUGGCAUGGUUUUAACCAAAGAGGAUGAGCUGUUUUUCCGGAAUGCAUUCAAGCUUGCAGAUGUUGUCAGUUAUUUGGAGUCCCAGGAGUAUACUCUGGAAGAGUUGAGAUUGCUCCUGAAGACUGUAUACAAGAAACUUGGUCCACACCGAAAACUGAUGGAGAUUUUCAUCAAGGAGGAAAUGCCCCACAGCUGCACAUCAGAUGAAGAGUUGAACAAGAACCUAGUUCUUUCACACAUUGAAGUGAAGGUUGAUGUUUUGAUGAAGAUGGUUGAGAAAGGUGACUCCGAGAUAUUGAAGACUAUGGCCAAAAAUAAAGAUUGGGGUUCCAUGAAAGUUUUCGGACGGACAUGGGAUUUGACGAAGGUGAUUUCUUUUAUUCAGUGGUUGUGGUGGUUGUUAACUGGAAUGUGAUGCGAGAAGAUUCAAGCUUAUGUAAAGAUAGAAUCCGUGCAGGUAUUGACUUAUCACUGCCACUAUUCAGAUCAUAUUGGUUUGUCUUUGUUUCCUAUAUGCAUUGACUGUCUGUCACUGAUUGGGUCUGGGCUGCAAGUUACCAAUUUUAGAAAUUGUAAAUAGUGACUGCUGUAUCACUCACGAUCUGAAUGCAUGUUUUUCAGAACUGCCCUUA